AUGCUGCUUAUACUGUGUUUGAUGUUGAUAGUUUCCGCUUUGUCUUUAGAUUCUAGAAUAUCCGGCGGCAAAUCUACGACUAUUAACGAGUAUCCGUAUCAGGUAUCUAUCCAUUAUCAGAAUAAGCUGCUAUGCGGAGGUUCAAUAAUUAGCGACCAAUGGGUUUUAACGGCGGCACAUUGCGUCUACGGAAGGAUUUUCAAGUUCUUCAAAAUCCGACUCGGGAGCAGCUAUCAGGAGAAAGAUGGUAUAGAGUUCAUGAAUAUCACCACCAUUUAUUUUCAUGAAAUGUAUGAUGAAGAUACUAACGAUUACGACGUGGCUUUAAUCAAACUGCCCACCCCUCUGAAAUUUGGCCCGCUUGUGAAAAGUGUCACUCUAGCGAAAUCAUCAACGAUCGUUAAACCUGACUACAAGGCAGUUGUCACAGGAUGGGGUGAGACAUCGGCAGCCGGUGCGAUCUCGAAGGUGCUACAAGUCCUAACAGUACCGAUCAUUGAUCAGGAAGUCUGCAAAAAGAUCUACGCUCGUUAUAGGAUAGUGACGCCGACCAUGGUCUGCGCCGGUUAUACCACUGACGGAAAAGACACCUGUCAUGGAGACUCCGGCGGUCCGCUCGUCUACAACGGUGUCCAAAUUGGGAUCGUGUCCUGGGGUCCUCAAUGUGGAAGUGUUGGAUUUCCUGGAGUGUACACGCGGGUAUCCGCCAUACGAAGUUGGAUAACCAAGCGGACGAACGUGUAG